AUGCAUCGAUUAACUGAUGCUCAGAAAGAAACCAUUCAAUUUCUACAAAGAAAAGUUGAGAAAUAUCAAGUGAAAACAUGGCUGUGUGCGAGUUUAACAUCGGAGCAAUGCCGACGCUUAGCUGAAUUACAAGUCAUCUACGAUAAUCUCAGUAGUCAUACAUUGAUCAAUCAUUCUGCUAUAUUCAACAUAUCGUGUAAAGGAGUCAAAGAUCGAAUGAAUGAAUUCAAUGCGAUGUAUUCAAACAAGACAUCGGAAGAAUUGUAUUGUGCAUAUGUGGAAAAAUACAAAGAAGCCAAAACGAAUCCUGAUGAAAAGAAACGAUUGGACAAAUUGUUGAAUAUCAGUUCAUCUGAUGAUUGUAAAGCAAUCCUUAGCCAUACUACCGAUUGA